AUGAAGAUGAGCGGCAGCGGAGGCUUCUACAAGUAUCGCUGCAAGAACUUCUACUCGCACAACUGCCCUAACUGGGUCUGGGUGAACAACUCGCCAUGUGCAACCUGCAUCGUAGGAGGCGUAGACAUCAACCAUCUCAGCUUCAAAGGCAGGGCACUUGCCCAGGCUUGUUGA